AAGGCUUCUGUUGCCCUUCUCGUGCUUUCACUUCCCAAAAACACUGAUCUUUCCUCUUGUUUCGCAACAUAUUGACCUUACAGAGAUACUUUUUUUGUAAUCGAGCCUACAGUUAUUCUUCUCUUCGUACACCAUACACUUUUAUCAGCUGCGGCAGUCUCCGAGCUUUCUGUGCAACAGACACCUCGUAAUCUCACACACCUUUGGUUACACUUGCAACGAUGCAGUUCUUUGCCCUCGCCGCAGCUGUAGCUGCAUUUGCACAGCUAGCAAUCACGCAGACCAUCGAUCCAAACUCCGUACCGCUGUCCACCCGACAGGCCUGGUGCAAUUCCCAAAUAGCACAAUGUCCCUUGAUCUGUGUCGACCAAACCAAUUCAGCCGGUACCAAUGCCAACAACUGUGAUCCUACAAACCUUGGCUACAGUUGCAUAUGUUCCAAUGGCCUCUCUCCCAACGCUUCCGAAUAUUCUCAGACCCUGCCUUACUAUAUCUGCACGCAAUACAACACCGAUUGUCAAGCAAACUGUGGGAAUGACAACACCUGCGCUGCUGCAUGCAUUCAAGAUCACCCAUGUGGUGCUACGGAUCCCACAAGGGUAAACACAAGCACCAUUUCUACAAUGCCUGCUACGUCAACCACCAAUGGAGCAGCUGCCUCGACAGCUUCGGAUGGUGUCGUUUACACGGGAUUCGGGGGUGGAUCUGCUGCUGCGACCACAGCUGCUGGUGGCUCGGGAAGCUCAGGUGCCGCAAGGAUCAUUGUCAACAUGGGUCAGCUGUAUGGGCUGGGAGUCCUGGUUGCAAGCGUUUUUGCUGGAUUUGCUCUGAUGCUGUAAGCGACGGACUCAGCGACAAUUUCCUGAUGUCUGUCAGUUUGUUAUGCGAUGCCAUAUCGUCUUUGGUUUUUUUGAGCGAAAAGUAUGUGACGCUUUCCUUUGGCAUUGGCGAAGGAUUUGGGAAGCGGGUUUCAGUCAUCACAGCAUGAAGGUGUCUAAGCACAUCACCUACUCGAAAUGUCGUAAUAAUAAUCGUGAUCUAUCAGUAAAUGGAAUAUUCUGUUACGA